AUGCGAAAGUUCAUACUGAAAAGUCCACGGUUAGAAUGCGUUGUCUUUAAUCUGUACCCUACCAGAACACAGACAUUCAACCAAAAUCUUCAGAAACUUACCUUCUCAUUUCGGCUUCACCUCAUCGACAACUGUAUUGAACCAACACGUAGCCUCAAUACCAGCGUAACCGCGCUUCACAUAGAGAAUCAUUGUCUGGACCCGGUUGCCCCGUGUCAGAUUGGACCGGUUCAUUUCGGGU